GCUUGUUAUUUCGAUUUUUAGCGGUAGAAGCAUGGGGCAGUGGGGGCAGUGGUAAAUUUUCGCGUUGCUUAUUUUGAUUGCAUUUUGAUUUGUAUGGGUGUUUUUGAAUCAGUUGAGUUCUCUAUAUACCGUGAGUUCAGUUACGUUUGCGGCUUUUCCCAGGAAUAUUUAACAUAAUUUUCCAAUUCAGUCUUCCUUCUAAGUCAGAGUAAAAUAUCUUCAACAGGCAAAUCCAGACUGGGACUCACUAUUGCAGGUGACGUGCCGCCAUGGGUCAGAUACCGUCCGAGCCCAUCACCCAGAAGGAGACGCACGGACUCGGGUCGGACGCGUACCGGGUCGGUUCCAGCUGUAUGCAGGGAUGGCGCGCUACCAUGGAGGACGCGCACACACACAUUCUGUCACUGCCCGGUGACCCGGCGGCGGCGUUUUUCGCCGUGUUUGAUGGCCAUGGAGGUGACAAGGUGGCAGAGUUCGCCAGCAGACAUCUACACACAGUGUUAGUGGGCCGACCCGAGUACAGCGUCGGCCGGCUGGCGGAGGCGCUCCAGCAGGCGUGCUUACAGCUCGACAGGAUGAUGCUGGCGGAUGAGACAUUGCGGGACGUGCGAGCGGGCACCACGGCUGUCUGUGCCCUCAUCAAGGAUGGAGUUCUCUAUUGUGCCAACGCGGGCGACUCACGUGCCGUGGCCAGUGUGUGCGGUCGCGCAGAGCCGCUCUCCGUGGACCACAAGCCCCAGGAUCGGCGCGAACAGGAACGGAUCACCGCGGCCGGCGGAUCGGUGGUCGCCAACCGCGUCAACGGCUACCUGGCCCUGUCCCGCGCGCUGGGUGACUUCACAUUCAAACAGAACAGCGCAGUGACGGCCGAGCAUCAGGUGGUGACAGCGUUCCCGGACGUGGAGACUCGCCAGAUCACUGCCGACUGGGAGUUUGUCAUACUCGCCUGUGACGGUAUCUGGGACGUCAUGUCCAACCAGGAGGUGGUAGCCUUCGUCCGCUCGCGGAUCGGUCGCGGCCUGCCGCCGGAGACCAUCUGCGAGGAGCUGCUCUCUCACUGCCUGGCGUCUGACUUCAUGUUCACGGGCGUCGGGUGCGACAACAUGACCGUGGUUCUGGUGUGUCUGACUCCGACGGGGUCGUACGCGGCGCUGGCCGAGCGCUGCUCCCGGCCGCCGCUCGCGGAGUGUGAGGACGGAGAUGGAGAGGAUGACGAGUACGAGGAGGAAGAGGAGGAGGAGGAGCGGAACUAUGAUGAUGAAGAUGAUGCGGAAGAGGACGAGGAAGAAGACGGAGAAGAGGAAUACGGUCGGGCUGCUCAUAAGACGCCGGAGGCGCGGCCAUGAUAGUUGUAAGCCGUUCGGCGGUGGAGUGAACAGCGCUGGCCACUGCCGAUCGUCUAUAGAUGUCGCAUCAGUUGGAUGUAAUGGCUGCAAGUGAACACUGAGUGGGUGUCGGCAGCAGAUGCGGUCAACCGUCCUUGAUGUAGGUCGUAACUGCCGGACACGUUUGACAUUCCACUGCGAUGUAGGGUAUAAUGCGAUGCCAUAUUUUAAGGUCGUGAUAGGGACUCGCCCCCUCUCUUAGUGUGUUCGUACCAAGUACAACAGCUCACACGCUAGCUAAUACGUCUUAACCGUAGGUAAGUGGCAUUCUGCCGUUAGGAUGUUUCUGCUGUUCUGAAAGGUUCCUUGCUGAGACCUUUCUUGUCCUAUAAGUGGUGAUCCGAACCAACGAACUAACCAACCUGAUUCGGCUGUGUGCGUAAUGUUUCCCAUGUUUAGCGCUGUAACGAGUAGUCUGUUGGCAUCCUUUUAGUUUAAGUGUUUAAGUCGACAGGUGAGUGUUUUUUUUUUUAAAGAUUGCUAUUUUGAGCCUUUCUGAGAUUGUUGUUCCGCCUUCUAGUUUUAGACCCACUGUCAGGGUUUAAGAGGCAACUGGUAUUCUUGGUCGAAACUGCGAAUACUUAGAUAUUUUAUUCCAUGUCUUGCUCCAAAAGGGCAUCUGUACUCGAAUGUUAACCCAUGAGUGGUGAUCUUUUAUGAACGACUUUGGUACGGAUGUGAUAAAAGCUGGUGAUAUUUGCAUGGGAGCGUACCUGGCAAAUCUCUGCGGCAUAUUUUACUGUUGUCUGAUGUUGAAGUUAUUCCUAUGCGGCCUGCCUUCAUCUGGUAGCGAUAAAUAACGGUGUGACAUAAAUGUGCCUGUUCAGAGUAGGUGGGUAUACUGCUUAGGCUGUCUGGUGGGCGGUUUUAGAGCGGUGACUGCUAAUGGCAGCUGUGCUCCCGGUUUUGAUGGCAUUUAUCACGCUGUAUCGUCCCUGUGAGCUGUGAGGGGUGUGUGGUGUUAACAACAGAUGUUUGGUCUGACGCUAGACAGUUAGAAAUUGCUACUGGUGAGGGAUGUGCUUGGGAGCGGGUGAAUGUGGCAUCGCGACCGGAGUCGUGUGGGGCGUGCGCUCGUCUUAGGUCCUGAUUUGAGAGGAAGUUAAGCUGAAAUAUAAUUAGGCGAUCAUCUGCCGGUAGGGGAAGUACCCGUAGAUUUAGAAAUGAAGGACACGCCCCGGGCUUUCUGCGUCUACCGAAGGGUCUUAGUAUGGACAUCAUGUGCUUGUUUGCGAGAGCAAAUGAACAAUUCUUGUGGCGUGUUCUACCUAAAGCACUGACAUAAUCCAUCGCUGAGGAGCGUCACGACAGUUUCAGUACUGUAGGAUCCCGCGUCUGGCCGUGUGCGUUGGAUGCCGCAAUAGGUACGGACUACGGAACCGUGUGUAGCGUCAGUUAUUUGAGAUGGAGAUGGUGAUCACUGAUCAAUCCUACUUACCGAGGAGUGCAGACCUGUGAGUGUUCUGACGACCGUCCCGGCGCGCUGACUGCUCUGUGAUAAUUGCCCCCUCUGCCGGCCGACCGUAUACGCGUGGAAUCUAUGUGACAGUCCCGUCCCGGUGUCUGGUGUACUGCUCUGUACCGCGCAGGGACACCGACAGGCCUAUUUCUGGCUAAGGUAAAUAUGUGAUGAUGCUGUGUUCCGGCUCCUGUAACGUCUGGUGCUGCAGCCCAUGUCACAUUCCCCGGUCUCCCUCCCUGCCUCCGUCCCUGCCUCUCUCCACUCCCCCCUUCACAGUGGUCCCGAUGGGAGCCUGAGGCUAUUUGUCCCCCGUGUGAUAUGCUCGCUCAUCGGAGGCAGAAUCGCAAUAAUAAAGUUUCCUAUUGA